UACGGUACGGUUUUACAUUUCUUGCUCGUAAACUUGUAAAGUUUUCUUAAAUUUCUACAAGGAAUACGUGUUGUUUAGAGCUUUUUAUGUCAAUAAUACACAGGUCUAGGUUGUGUGCCUCUUGUUACGGUGUUAUAUUUCAUAAUUUUCGUUUAGACAAGCGUAUUACUCGGUUACCAUGUAAAGUAAACGAAGGCCAUAAUUUUGUGUAAAACAAUGGGUUUCCUAUACUUUGUUUAGUAUAAACAGUGUUAGGUGGUACGUUUCUGUGGAAGGAGAGAAAUAAAGCAACCAAGAUGGCGGAAGGGAACUGGUCCCGUUUCACCGCGGUGGAGGGCGGGGCUCGUCUGGCGGCCGCGGCCCGCGCCCGCAACACCAUAGCGGCCGAGCUGGCGGCAUUCACGGCCACGCGGCUGCUGCAUGAAGAGGCGCACGAGAUCAGGGGACCAUUCUCAGCCGGGAAGCGUCGCUCCGUCUUCGUGACCCGUGCCUCUCGGGUUCCAUGUGUGGCGUAUGAGCUCCGCAUAUUGACUGACCUGUCAGUCGCCAGUGCGAGUGUUUAUGGGGAUAUUGAAGAUUGGAGACAGGAGGUCGAGGUUAAGGAGGUGAUAGUGUGCACAUCCGCCGUGUUCCGUCAACUCCUGGAAAACGCCGUCAUCACCAUGAGCAGGGUAAACGUGCUCGUUGUUGACAGCUGUCAUCUCGUGCACACCGACGCAGACUUGCAAACGAUAAUGGACCUGUACAAGUCGAGUCCGUCUCAGCCGCGGGUCCUCGGUCUGACAUACCCACUCUUCCCGGCCAAGAGAUCGGACCCCGAUGCUGAGAACACACCCGAUGACAAGGAGGAAUCAUGUGCCAAUCAAAUCACCGAAGGCAGACCACAAGAGUUCGGUGUGUGUGAGAACGUGGACGACUUCGAGAUGUAUAGUAAGCUUGAGUGGAACAUCAGGAGGCUGGAAGAGAGGCUGUGCAGCCAGAUGGACCUGGCUGAGGAUAUGGACGGCGGGAAAAGGUUCACUGGCGCGCCCUGUAAACCCAAAGAGCUGAUAGUGGAAUACGCCGUAAGCCGUCCCGUCUGCAGCGACUACGAGGAGUUGGAGACCUACAUGAGGAACGCCGUCAGCGAUGUGACAGAGUUCUUAGAGGAACACAGGUACGACCCCACGGAGAUCUAUGGCGAAGAUUUAUAUGAGGAGUUCAUGAAUAUUCCGAAUCCCACAAUUGACCCUAAGUUGAUUAUUAAGCAGUUCCUCUACGUUUUGGACGAGCUGGGUCCAUACGGCGCAGACAAAGCGGCAUUUUCCCUGCUAACUAAACUAGAAAAACUAAAAAUCAAAGUUCCAUACGAAAGGCAUUUCCUAUUACUCUGUCUAUGUACUACAGUAUUAGUCAAAAUCCGGUGCUACGCCGAUCUAAUGUUCUCCAAAUACUCUGAGUUAGAUAGAAUUACUACUUUUUCCACGGCAAAAGUACUCAGAUUUAUUGAAAUAUUAGCUCAAUUUGAAAAUAAUGAUAAUGAGAAUGAUAAAACUGAUGAUAAAGCUAUAACAGAUAAAAAUGAACUAAAUAAUGAUGAUCUAAGUGAAAAGACAGAUAAUGUGACUAAAGAUGAUAUUAAUGAUAAACUAACUUUAAAUGGCUACACAACUAUAAAUAGUAAGGAAGACGUAGAAAAGCAGAAUGAUAAUAAAAUAAAUACUGAUGAAAUUGACGUAGACAAAGAUAACGAUAAUAAAAAUAUGACAAAAAAGAUGUUAGACGAUAUAGAAAAAUGCGAUUUUGUAACACUAAGCAAUAAAAUAGAAGACACAGUUAAUACUUACGAAGCUAACUUGAAAGAAAUAUACGAUUUAAGUAUAGAUUUAAAUAAUCUUGAUGUAAACAAAGAAUGUAACACUAAAAUUGAUAUAAACGGAGUUAAAACUGAACUGGAUCUUACGGACCCCCGGUCCCUGUUCCCCAGGCGUAUGCCCAGGGUCCGGGGCCGGGGCAGGGUCCAAAGGAACCUGGUACGGAACCAGCAGGCCCAGAUGAACCCUGAUGCGUUGUGUGGCAUCGUUUUCAUGAAUGAACCUAUUAUGGCGAAGAUUAUGUUCCUGGUUGUUGUGGAUUUGUCCCGGUUCGAACCCCGCCUGUCCGGCGUGAGCGCGCAGUAUGUAGCGUGUGGCGGUGCCGCGGAUAACGCGGAACUGAGGAGACAUGCGCGUGCGCGCGAGGACGCGCUGAAAAAGUUUCGUAUGCACGACUGUAACCUCCUGUUGGCCACGUCAGCUCUGGAGGAGGGCAUUGACCUCCCACGCUGCAAUCUCGUGCUGCGGUGGGACGUGCCGGCCUCGUACCGCUCUCACGGGCUGUGCCGCGGCCGCGCGCGCGCGCCGCGCGCGUCGUGCGCGCUGCUCGCGCGCGCCGGGCUCGCGCAGCAGCUGCUGCAACACGUCGCAGUUUACCGGGAGCUGGACCAGAUCAUAAGCCGCAAAUGCGGCUGCGGAAUCCAGGACGAGCCGCCGCAACAAGAGGAAGAUCACGCAGAUGCCUUCACUGCGCUCGUGAUUCCCUACUCUCCCUCGGCCAACCCAGAAAAAGGAGAUACGGAAAAAGUUGAUGUUGACAUUAAAGAAAAUGAUUCGGUUAAGAAUAAUGAAAAUAAUGAUAAAUAUUAUGAUGAAGAUGUCAGUAGUAAAGAUAUUGAAAUACAAAAUGAAGAAUAUCUAGUCAAAAGCAAAAAAGAAGCAGCUAUAGACAUAAUUAGUCAAAUAACUGAAGAUGAUAAUAUAAAAAAUAAUGAAUCAAAUGCGAAUUCAAAAGAAAAGUGCAAUGAAGAUAGUGUAGAAUCGAAAGUUAGUGAGAAUAGGACUAGUGGGAACGGUGAUAGUAAUUUAGAGUGUAACAAGUGUAAUAAAAAGAGGAGUGGUGCGGAUAAAGAGUGCUGUAGUGAGGAGGUCAAGAAAGAAGACAUAGCUAGUGUGGACCUUAGCUCCGCUAUAGCUUUGAUAAAUAGAUACUGCGGCAAACUGCCAUCCGACACAUUCACCCGCCUCGCCCCCUCAUACCGCACCGAGCGAGUCCACAUACGCACCGCCUCGGGCGCGCAGCCAGCGUGGGUGUGCACUCUGCGACUGCCGCUCAACUGCCCCGUCAAGUACAACAUCGUGGGUCACCCGAUGCCGACGCGAGUGCUGGCCCGAAGAAUGGCCGCGUUGCAAGCGUGUAGGAUACUGCACAAGUCUGGCGAGCUAGACGAUCAUCUUAUGCCUAUAGGGAAGGAGAACUUUAAAGCGGGCGAGCUAGAAGCUUGCGCCGAGGCCGACGCGAGGCCUGGAACUACGAAGAGGCGGCAAUACUAUUAUAAAAGGACCGCGCGAGCGUUCACGAACUGCGAGCCCAUCGUGGACACCACGGACGAGCAGCUGGCGGAAGAGGCAGACGGACACACAGAGCCAAUUACCAGCAGCAACGUGCUAUACGCGAUAUCUUGCACGCUGUGGUGCGCACUGCCCGAACGAUACAACACUAGAGGGAGACGGCUGCACGCCCCGCAGUUAGCGAGACAAGCGUGCGGUGUGCUCAUGCGAGUACAGCAACCGGACAGAUUGCAAAUCCCAUCGUUCCCGGUGUACACGCGUUCCGGCGAAGUGCGUGUGACCGUGGCUCCCGCCGUCCACGCCGACACCAGGCUCAGUCCUCGCAGGAAGCAACUCAUCACGAGGUUCAUGCGAUUCGUGUUCGCGGACGUGUUGCGCGUGCGCCGCCGCGGCAUGACGCUCGAGCCGGAAGCCUGCACGUACAACAACUAUUACGUCGUGCCCACGGUUAAAGUAAACAACCCAGAUGGCAGCACCAAAGUGGACAUCGACUGGAAGUUCCUGGAGCAAAUAUACCAGUACACGGAAGAGAAGGCGCACGCAGAGCUGGAGAAACCGGUUCUAUGGACGGAAGAAGGGAAGAACGAAGAAAAACGGCCCGGGGAAGGCGAAGUAUGGGCGAGGAAAGAGGAUGACACUAAAGACAAGAGAAAAGUGAAGAAGAUGGAUAACCCCCAGCUGAAGCCGGGAGAGGUGUUCGUGUUCGACCCGGAGAAGUACAGGGAGGCGGUCGUGACACCCUGGUACCGGAACCAGGACCAACCCCAGUUCUUCCUAGUAGCCGAAAUAUGCUCCAACCUGACCCCGGACUCUGAGUUCCCAUCGGACACGCACACAAGCUUCAGGGACUAUUACAAGAGCAAAUAUGGCGUCACACUCACACAGCCGAACCAGCCUCUGUUGGACGUGGACCACACUAGUGCCAGGCUCAACCUGCUCACGCCCAGAUACGUGAACCGCAAGGGCGUAGCCCUGCCCGUGUCCUCGGAGCGCACCCGGCGCGCCAAGCGCGACCGGCUAGACCAGAAGCAGAUCCUAGUCCCGGAGCUAUGCACCGUGCACCCUUUCGCGGCGCCACUGUGGUUCGCCACCGUCGCUUUACCUUGCGUACUCUACAGAAUAAACGCACUGCUAAUAGCAGACGAGAUACGUCGCGGCGUGGCGGCCGGGGUCGCGCUAGGGGUCCCAAGAGUGGGUCCGGGGUUCCAAUGGCCCCCGCUUGACUUUGGAUGGAGUCUAGCUGAGGUGCUAAGCGCUGACUGUGAGAAGAACGACAAGAGAAAGGAAAAUGAAGAGGAAUCGAAAGAUGAGGACGAGGUGGAACUGAAGGAGACAGAGCACGAGGAACAGAAAGAGACGGAAGAGCCCAAGGAAAAGACGAUCAACGACAUUCUGCAGGAGAAGGAAGAUGCUGAGAGCGGCUUCGAGAUCGGCACGUGGGACAACAACAUGGCGUCGUCCAUCCCGGAGCCGACGGAAUUUGACGAGUUUCUGGAACCGCUGCCUCCUAACCUGACCUUCUGCACUUCCGCUUCCGGCGGUGCGAACUGGUGUGACCCAGUUCAGAAGCCCAAGAGCCAGUUCAAUCCUUCGAGAACGUUCUCCAUGGCGGACAGCGACUGCUCCUACAUGUCGAGUGACUUCGACACGGACGAUUCAGAUCUGAACUCCGAAGAUAGCGACGACACGGACACAAGCGGGUUCUUCAGCAGUAAAAGCAACGCGGCCAUGGGAGUCCGCAUAGAGUACAAGACGGCGCACGAGGCGGAGGCCGUGGACGUGGAGCGGCGCGCCGCGCGGCCCGCGCCGGCGCCCGACGCGCCGGACGACGCUACAGACGAGGCGGCGCACGCGCGCGCCAUGCGGGCCGGCCGCCCGCCCACAGAGUGUCUCCAACAGUUCCAAAAAUCAGUCGCCGAACACGAGCAAGAAAUCAUCCAGAAAGGGCUCCUAAUACGACAAGAUCAGCCAAUCACAGACGUCCUGCCCGACCCUUUGAAAGAUUCCCGAAAAACCGAACCGAUACCUAACGACGAAAUCAAAACCAGAUUCGAGCAGCUCUUCCCAUACGAAAACGACUUUUUAAACAUCGAAAACGGACCUCUAACCUUAGAAGCGAUAGAAAAAAACAAACGGUCGUUACUGGCCGAAUUUAAAAACGGUUUAUCCGAGGAAGAAAUUAAAAAAUACACGUGCUUCUCUAUGGUAGAUGUUGACAUAGAUUCGCCGGAGUAUAAGAAUGAGAAAGUUUCGAAUAUAGGUUUUGAUACUAUGGAAAGUUAUGCGGAGAGAGUGAGGCGGAUCGGUGGGAGGGAAUUUAAACCGUAUUAUGAGGAUAGUAAGGGGCAGAAUGGGAAGGAGUUCGAUUUUGAUUUUCAGCCGAAUUUGGAAGGACAUCCGGGGCCGAGUCCUAGUGUUAUUUUACAGGCGCUGACGAUGUCCAACGCGAACGAUGGGAUCAAUCUAGAACGGCUCGAGACCAUCGGAGACAGCUUCCUGAAGUUCGCCAUCACGGCCUAUCUGUACUGCGCGCACCCUACCGUGCAUGAGGGGAAACUGAGCCAUAUGAGGAGUAAACAGGUGUCAAACUUGAACCUGUACCGGCUGGGGCUGCGCAAGCGCCUCGGCGCGCGCAUGAUCGCGUCCAAGUUCGAACCCCACGACAACUGGCUGCCGCCCUGCCACAAAGCUCCACCCGCGGCGCACGCGCCAGUGGACUCCGAGAGCGGGCAGGAGGCGCCCCCUCCCGCCGGCUGUUUCAUCCCUUACAAUCUCAUCACGCAGCACAGCAUCCCAGACAAAUCAAUAGCGGACUGCGUGGAAGCCCUAAUAGGGGCGUACCUGUUGGAGUGCGGUCCCCGCGGAGCCCUGCUGUUCAUGGCGUGGCUCGGGAUCCGGGUGCUGCCGCGGCAUGACGUGCCAGUCACCGACCACGGUACCGUCAGCAAGUUAGAAAUGUGGCAGCAGAAGCAGUCAGCCCGCAAAACACGUCGCGAUUCAGACUCAGAGUCGUCUGACGAAGAUGAUGAUGAUCUUCCUCGGCCUGUCGGCUCGUUGGCGCCCUACAAAGACAAUGGACAGUGGUUUCUGCCGAUGUUUGGAGCGCUGCGGGCGCCGCCCUCGCCGUUGCUGCGCUACAUCGCCGACCCAGAGGGCGAGCUAGAGCAGAUGUUGUCCGGCUACGACGCAUUGGAGCGGACUCUUCAGUACCGCUUCAAAGACCGCUCGCUCCUAUUGCAGGCACUCACACACGCGUCACACCAGAGGAAUAGACUAACUGACUGCUACCAGAGACUCGAGUUCCUUGGUGACGCCAUUUUGGACUACCUAAUAACCCGGCACCUGUACGAGGACCCUCGCCGGCACUCGCCCGGAGCCCUGACCGACCUGCGCUCCGCGCUCGUCAACAACACCAUCUUCGCCACUCUCGCCGCGCGGCACGGCUUUCAUAAGUACUUCCGGCACAUGUCGCCCGGGCUGAACGAGGUACUGACGCGCUACGUCAGGAUACAGGAGGAAAACGGACACUCCAUCAGCGAGGAGCACUACCUGAUUCACGAGGACGAGCUGGAGCAAGCUGAAGACGUGGAGGUCCCCAAGGCUCUGGGAGACCUAUUCGAGUCCAUAGCGGGGGCCAUAUUUCUGGACUCCGGCAUGUCGCUAGCGGCGGUAUGGGGCUCGUACGAGCAGCUGAUGGGGGCCGAGUUGGAGGCUUUCUCGGCCGCCGCCCCCAAGUCCCCCGUGCGAGAGCUGCUGGAGGCCGAACCCGACACCGCCAAGUUUGGUAAACCAGAGCGUCUCGCUGACGGGAGACGAGUCCGCGUGUGCGUGGAGGUGUUCGGUCGAGGGGCCUUCAAGGGCGUAGGACGGAACUACCGCAUCGCUAAAGGAACAGCUGCCAGAUGCGCGCUAAGGCACCUUAAGAGACAUAAACAACACUGAAACUUGU